AUGAAUUCCGAUCUUUCUAGUUCAAGAUCCUCCCCGGAGCCCCGACUCACAUACAAUCCAACACUGGAACCUCCAUCCCAGAGAGCGACAGCGGAAAAGGCCUCCACACCCACACCGUACGAGUCUUUCAGCUUCCUCCAAAUCGUCAACAAAGUGGUACAUCUGGAACAAAAGUGCAAGUCACUCGAAGAAAAAGUGGUCUUCUUGGAACAGCAGUCUGUCAAGGCUGUUCCCGACACGAUGGCGUCCACAUUCAUACUCCAAACGAAACCUCAUGGGCAUCACCAUGUAACCCCUAGUUCCAGCUACAAUCACGCCGAAAUCUCCUCUGAGAACGAAACUUGGUCAUUAUCCCUGGAAGAGCCGAUGGACACCGACUCGAGCUGUGACACUGGAGAAAUGGGAAUGAAGGAUUUUAUUCGGGUAGUGGAGAGGUGUGGCGGUUCGCAUUAG